UCGCGGGCAAGGCGGGAAAGCACAGAUGAUGUUAGUCAAGGUAAGCUCUACAUCAUUGCAACCUUUCUCACAACUGGCCCAUCAUCCUUCCUGGUGCCUGAACAAAAUCUUCGGCGGUGGUCACCUAUCUUCUAACUCUUCCGUGGUUCGGUUCCUCAACCACGACCACGCAGCGCUCUCUUUCACAGCCAGCGCUUUCGUUCCCUCCGCAUAACGGAUUCCCCGCCGCCACACUCACCUUCCUUUCCAUUCCGCGCACCAAGUAUACAAACAGCCUUCGACGAAACCUACAGAGAAGCUCAAGAUCACCGACUAAGCCUGGGUAAAAGCGCAGAUCCUCGCCGGCUAAGCCAUAAACUACAGACUCUUUUAUUCUCCCCCACUAGGACAUUCGCGCACAGUCGCGCACACGAGCGACGACAUCAUGACUACCUCACGCCAUCAAGGCACGAUGCCGCCUAUGCCCAACAAAGAUGAUGUUGAUGGGACCUGGAACUUCCUUGAGACCGGAGUCUCGAGAAUCAUGGAAAACCUGCGGGAAGGAAUGGAAAUGAAGACUUAUAUGGGCUUAUACACAGCUAUUCAUAACUUCUGUACUGCCCAGAAAGCCGUUGGUACAGGUGGAUUCAAUAACAACACUAGAGGAGGAGCGCACCUCCUCGGUGAAGAUCUCUACAACCAUCUCAUCGAAUAUCUCAAGGCCCACCUUGGGGGCGUGCAACAGGCCUCGAAAGCUCACGUAGACGAAGCAUUACUCGCCUUCUAUAUCAAAGAAUGGAAUCGAUACACGACAGCAGGCACAUAUAACAACCAUCUUUUCCGAUACCUUAAUCGUCACUGGGUCAAGCGGGAGAUGGACGAGGGCAAGAAGAACAUCUAUGAUAUCUACACCUUGCACCUGGUGAGAUGGAAAGAGGAUAUGUUUCUGGGCACGCAAAAGUCGGUGAUGGCUUCAGUCUUGAAGUUGGUGGAGAAAGAACGCAAUGGUGAGACUAUCGAGCGCUCGCAAAUCAAGUCUGUCGUAGACUCCUUCGUAUCUCUCGGUUUGGAUGAGUCUGACAGCAAUAAAUCAACUCUUGAUGUGUACAAGGAGUAUUUCGAGAAGCCAUUCUUGGAAGCCACAGCGGCGUAUUACCAGAAAGAAUCCAAAGAGUUUCUUGCCGAGAAUUCUGUCGUGGAAUACAUGAAGAAAGCUGAGAUUCGUCUAGAUGAAGAGAAGGAGCGGGUGGGUCUCUAUCUUCUGAACGAAAUCAUGACACCUUUGAUGCGUACUUCAGAGAAGGUCCUCAUCGCUGAUCAUUCGCUGGCUCUACGCGAGGAAUUUCAAAUCUUGCUUGACAACGACAGACAGGACGAUCUUGCAAGAAUGUACAAGCUUCUCGCCAGGAUCCCCGAAGGACUGGAUCCAUUACGAGGUAGAUUUGAGAACCACGUUCGCAAAAAGGGUCUUGCUGCUGUCGAUAGAGUUUCACAGGAUGGAGAAAACUUAGAGCCAGCCGUCUACGUCGCCGCUCUAUUGGAGGUACACACUCAAUACCAGGACUUGGUUAAUAAGGCGUUUAAUGGCGAAUCCGAGUUUGUCAGAUCCCUCGACAACGCCUGCCGCGAGUUCGUGAACCGCAACCGGGUUUGCAAAACCGGGUCUACGAAAUCACCCGAGCUACUCGCCAAGUACACCGAUGGCUUGCUGAAGCGGUCAAAUGCCAAGAUGACAGAAGAGGAUGACAUGGAGAAUCUGCUCACGCAGAUUAUGACUGUCUUCAAGUAUAUUGAGGACAAAGAUGUGUUCCAGAAAUUCUACUCGCGUAUGCUUGCGAAACGUCUUGUUCAGACUUCAUCGGCUUCUGAUGAUGCCGAAACUAGCAUGAUCAGUAAGCUAAAGGAAGCAUGCGGGUUUGAGUACACCAACAAACUUCAGCGCAUGUUUCAGGAUAUGCAGAUCUCGAAAGAUCUAAACUCGUCAUACAAAGACUGGCAAAUGAAGCUACUUGGAGAGGAGGAUAGAAAGCUAGCUGUUGAUGCGACCUACUCGAUCCUGGGUACCGGGUUCUGGCCUCUGACGGCUCCGACGACACCGUUCGCCCCUCCGCAGACGAUUGUGAAGACCUACGAGCGAUUUGCCAAAUUCUACAGUAAUAAGCAUUCGGGCCGCAAACUCACAUGGCUAUGGCAAUUAUGCAAAGGUGACGUACGAGCCACCUAUAAUACUGGCGGCAAGAAAGCUACGUAUAUGUUCCAGGUCUCGACUUACCAGAUGGCUAUCCUCCUCUUGUUCAACGACUCUGAUACAGUUACAUACGAGGAAAUGGAACAAGCUACGAAGCUACAGAAAGAGACUCUGAAACCAAGUAUCGAUAUCAUGGUAAAGGCUAAGGUUAUUCUUCCGUCGCAGGAUAAUGCGAAAGCUGAGCCAGGGACUACAUACACAUUUAAUCCAGGUUUCAAGAACAAGAAGCUAAAGAUCAACCUCAAUCUUGCGAUCAAGGCUGAACAGAAACAAGAAUCUGAAGACACACACAAGACGAUUGAGGAAGACCGUAAACUUCUCAUGCAGUCUGCGAUAGUCCGGAUCAUGAAAUCGAGGAAGAAGAUGAAGCAUCAGAUGCUUGUGUCAGAGACUAUCCAGCAGAUCAAGUCUCGAUUCUCGCCCAAGGUCCAAGAUAUCAAGAAAUGUAUAGAUAUCUUGCUAGAAAAGGAAUACCUGGAGAGAUUAGAAGGGGACGAGCUAGGAUAUCUGGCAUAAACAUUGAUGGUACCUUGGCCAGAAAGAGGUGAUGGUGGUUUCGUCUUGCAAGUGGUCUAUGAGGCAUGGCAUGCUCGCUCCAGAAGGGCUUACCGUUCCCCAUAAUUAGUGGCACACGACUAAGGGGUUUCCUUUCUUUGUGUUCUAGGCUGGUGCAGCUUGAGGGGAUCACGAUGCAUGCGUGGCGUUUUUGCUUGUAUACAAGGAUUAGCUCCAGCUGCUUGAGACUACUGAAUAAGUCGUGGGAAGUCUAGGUGCUCUUGUAGCGAUUAUAGUCUACAAAUAGUAAUUCGCACAUUGUCAUGCCAUAUGUGCAGGGGUGGACGACUCUACCAGUCCACGUGAUCUGUGUUAUGACGCUUUGAC